AUGGUUGCUCUUGCCUCCACUGGGCAGCUGAAAGCGGCUCUACCGAGAUUCCUUCUCGAGUUUGAAUAUCCUGAACAAUUCAUCAAAGAGAUUGAUUUGUUGUCAUGCCCUCCGUAUCGGUCCGCUAUUGAUGUAAAUCAUGGCGAUAACGAAUGUAGAACUGCGUUGUACCGUGCUGCAUCGAAAGGUCACACAAAUUUUCGAUGUCUAUUCACUGAUGGUGAGAUGCGAUGUCCGUUCCAGCUGGACGUGUACUGUAGUCGUGGCAGAACUCCUCUCAUGGUUGCUGCGUACAAUCAGUCCCUUCCUGUGCUUACCCUCUUACUGGAUGCUGGUGCAGAUGUUAAUUUGCCAUUGGCUAUUUUGGAUUCGGAAACAUGCGAGGAAGCUCGAUGCGUGGGUGAGGCCCAUCUGAUCUCUUUCUCCUCUGGUUCUGGUGCUCUCGUGGAAGCGACAAGAUCCGACGCAGUUCACAUUGUACACUUUCUUCAUGAUCGAGGAGCACUCGAUACCGACAAUCGGGCCUUGCGUCUAGCUGCUAAGAAUAAUAAUCUCAAAUUAAUACGGGUGUUUUUAACGCGGCUUGUCUAUCCCGAUCCCGAAUACAAAGUGAACAAGAAAAACAUCGACGUCGGACAGUCUCUACACAGUCGAUGGUUCAUAGCAGCUGCUCUCCAAAUAAAUACUCGUCUUCGUACUACUAGAUUAUCACUGGCCGCUAUAACACGGGUUGACCUUUCAUGUAAUCGACUUACAGUUUUCCCAUCGAUUCUUUUUCAGAUGCCUUCUCUCAGUUUCUGUCUUCAUUGCCUCAAGCUAACAACACUCGACAUUUCUCGAAAUUGCCUAAAUCAACUACCGGAAUUUAUCUGGCUGUGCCCUUCAUUAAAAGAAAUCAAUGCUGCUUCUAAUCAUCUGGCAUCACUUCCUAUGGUUGGCAGCGCUGCGCUAGAAUUAGGCCGGAUUGCUCGGGGAACUCAGCAUCCUUCAACCCCCACCAGUCCUACUAAGGCUGAGUCAAUUAGUAUCAGCGAUGCCAUUGAUGAUCCUUCGAAUGUCUUCAGGAAGCCGUUGAUUAGGCAGAAUGUAGAUGAUGAUAGCUUCUUUCCCGAUUUCCCCAUAACGUCUUCCAGUACGCUUACAACAUUGAACCUUUCUGCGAACAGA